GGGCGGCGGGACGCAGGGACUGCGGCGGCCGGAGCGCGCGAGGUACGCCUCAGCCUGUGUGGCAGGUGAUCUGAGUCAUAGGCCCCAGGUGACUCUUGAGGAGCAUCUGCAGACCAGAGGAUGGCCCAAGUCCUGCACGUGCCAGCCCCCUUCCCAGGGACCCCUGGCCCAGCCUCCCCACCCGCCUUCCCUGCCAGGGAGCCUGACCCGCCGUACUCCGUGGAGACGCCCUACGGCUACCGCCUCGACCUGGACUUUCUCAAGUACGUGGAUGACAUCGAGAAAGGCCACACGCUCCGGCGAGUGGCCGUGCAGCGCCGGCCGCGCCUCGGCUCACUGCCCCGAGGUCCUGGCUCCUGGUGGACAUCCACCGAGUCUCUGUGCUCUAAUGCCAGUGGGGACAGCCGCCACUCGGCCUAUUCCUACUGUGGCCGUGGCUUCUACCCGCAGUACGGUGCCCUGGAGACCCGAGCCGGUUUCAACCCGCGCGUGGAGCGCACGCUGCUGGACGCCCGUCGCCGCCUGGAGGACCAGGCGGCUGCGCCCACUGGCUUGGGCUCCCUGACCCCCAGCGCGGCAGGCUCCACCAGCUCCUUGGUGGGCGUGGGGCUGCCACCCCCGACGCCACGGGGCUCGGGACUGUCCACACCUGUGCCUCCCAGCGCCGGGCACCUGGCCCACGUGCGGGAACAGAUGGCAGGUGCCUUGCGGAAGCUGCGGCAGCUGGAGGAGCAGGUGAAGCUGAUCCCCGUGCUCCAGGUGAAGCUCUCUGUGCUGCAGGAGGAGAAACGGCAGCUCACAGUACAGCUCAAGAGCCAGAAAUUCCUGGGCCAUCCCACAGGGGCCCGGGGCCGCAGCGAGCUCUGCCUGGACCUCCCAGAGCCCCCCGAGGAUCCGGUGACUCUCGAGACCCGGAGCGUGGGCACCUGGGUCCGGGAGCGGGACUUGGGGGUGCCCGAUGGGGAGGCAGCCCUUGCCGCUCAAGUCGCCGUGCUGGAGACCCAGCUCAAAAAAACCCUCCGGGAGCUGCAAGCAGCUCAGGCCCAGCAGGCUGACCCCCGGCCCCCACCAGACAGCCCCAUCCGUGUGGACACUGUCCGGGUGGUAGAGGGCCCUCGGGAGGUGGAGGUGGUGGCCAGUACAGCCGCCGGGGCCCCUGCACAGCGGGCCCAGAGUCUGGAGCCCUAUGGGACAGGGCUGCGGUCCCUGGCAACGUCUGGAAGGGUCGAGAGCCCUGCUGUGUUCCGCAGCCAUGAGGUGGUAGAGACAGCAUUCCCAGCAUCCACUGGCAACGCGCCCACUGGCAACGUCCACCUGGUGAAAAAGAUCAGCAUCACGGAACGAAGCUGCGAUGGGACAACUGGGCUCCCACAGGCUCUGGCAGAGUCAUCCUCGUCACCCCCAGGAGUGGCGGUGACCCCCCUGGCACAGCCUGAGAAGAACGCGGGUGGAAUGGGCGCCUGCGAGGCUGCUAACACGGAGCCCACCAGGCAAGCAGCCUCGUGUGACUCAGAGGAGGCAGGGAGUGCAGGCGAGCCCCCGGCAGGCGUGCGGUCCAUCAUGAAGCGCAGAGAGGAGUCCGCAGACCCCGCGGCCCACCGGAGGAGCCUGCAGUUUGUGGGGGUCAAUGGCGGGUACGAGUCCUCAUCUGAGGACUCAAGCACAGCAGAGAACUUUUCAGACAACGAGAGCACAGAGAGUGAGGCCCCAGAGCCAAAGGAGAAGGUUCCAAGCGUGGCCGAAGCCCCCCAGCUCAGGCCCUCGGGGACGGCGGUGGCCAAGAGCAGCCAGGAGGAGAGCCAGCUAUCUCGGGAGUCUCAGCAGGCGCCCGUGGUGGAGGGCGCGUCAGGAGCGAAUGCGGAGGAGGAGAUCCGGAUGGAGCUAAGCCCUGACCUUAUCUCAGCCUGCCUGGCCCUGGAAAAGUACCUGGACAACCCCAAUGCCCUCACUGAGCGGGAGCUGAAAGUGGCCUACACGACGGUGCUGCAGGAGUGGCUGCGCCUGGCCUGCCGCAGCGAUGCACACCCUGAGCUCGUGAGGCGCCACCUGGUCACCUUCCGGGCCAUGUCGGCACGCCUGCUGGACUACGUGGUCAACAUUGCCGACAGCAACGGCAACACGGCUCUACACUACUCUGUGUCUCAUGCCAACUUCCCCGUGGUGCGGCAGCUGCUUGACAGCGGUGUGUGUCAGGUGGACAAGCAGAACCGUGCUGGCUACAGCCCCAUCAUGCUCACUGCCCUGGCUACCCUGAAGACCCAGGAUGACAUCGAGACCAUCCUGCAGCUCUUCCGGCUCGGAAACGUCAAUGCCAAAGCCAGCCAGGCGGGGCAGACCGCCCUGAUGCUGGCCGUCAGCCACGGGCGGGUGGACGUGGUCAAAGCUCUGCUGGCCUGUGAAGCGGACGUCAACCAGCAGGAUGACGACGGCUCCACGGCCCUCAUGUGCGCCUGUGAGCACGGCCACAAGGAGAUCACGGGCCUCCUGCUGGCCGUGCCCAGCUGCGACAUCUCACUCACUGACCGCGACGGGAGCACCGCUUUGAUGGUGGCCUUGGACGCCGGGCAGAGUGAAAUCGCGUCCAUGCUGUACUCUCGCAUGAACAUCAAGUGCUCGUUUGCCCCGAUGUCCGAUGACGAAAGUCCUGCGUCAUCCUCUGCCGAAGAGUAGCCGUGAGGGAGGCCAGAGGCACCUCUGCUUGGGGCCAACCAGCCCCAGAGCCAGCUGGCCCUCGUCCCUUGUCCCCUCCCUUGCCAGCCCCCACGCAGACUCACCAAGGCCCACGUCUCAAAGGCAAGUGGAUUUUUCUUCCGCUUCCCAGGAGGAGCCCCCGACAGCAGCAAGACUCCAGCUUAAAGCGGGUUUUUCCUGGUAGGCCAGUUCAAAGCAGCCGCAGUGCAGACUGAAGCUAAAUUCUUACGUAAAUCGGCGCCAGUGGCCAAGGCUGGGGCGUGGGUUUAUGAAGAACAUGGAGAACAAUCAACU